AUGAACGACUGGGCCCCCAUCGCAAAGGAGUAUGACCCGCUCAAAGCCGGCAGCAUUGAUGGCACGGAUGAGGAGCCCCAUGACCGUGCCAUUUGGAGGGCUAUGCUGGCACGCUACGUACCCAACAAGGGAGUUACAGGAGAUCCGCACCUCACCCUCUUCGUAGCAAGGCUCAAUCUUCAGACAACAGAAGAGAAGUUAAAGGAGGUGUUUUCCCGCUAUGGAGACAUCAGAAAGAUCCGUCUGGUUCGAGAUCUGGUGACAGGGUUUUCCAAGGGAUAUGCAUUUAUUGAGUACAAAGAGGAGCGAGCUCUCUUGAAGGCCCACAGAGACGCCAACAGGCUGGUUAUUGAUCAGCACGAGAUCUUUGUGGACUUUGAACUGGAAAGAACUCUCAAAGGAUGGAUUCCUCGGAGGCUUGGAGGUGGUUUUGGAGGCAAGAAGGAAUCCGGGCAGCUACGGUUCGGAGGACGGGACAGACCUUUCCGAAAGCCCAUCAAUUUGCCAAACAUGAAAAGUGAUUUCUAUGGAGAAGGAUCAGCAGAGAAAAGAAACUGGUCUCGUGAGGGAUCAAGGGACUGGAGAACAAGAGACCGAGACCACGAAAGGAGCAGAGACAAGCGGUGGCCAGAAAGGGAGCGGUCGUGGACGUGGGGUGAAAGCGAGAGGGACUCCAAAGAGGACAGGAGCAGAGGGAGGGAGAGGAAGGACAGAGACCGAAGCAGGGAAAGAUAGAGCAAGAAACAAAGAGAUGAUGACAAGCACCGGUAG